ACAUAUGUACGCUGUCAAAUAGAAAAAACCUGUAAACAAACAAAUAAAUUAAAUGCAACAUCAAUUAAACGCAUAAGAAUAACUGAAGUGAUGUGGAGUGAGGCUGCCGAAGCCGAUCUUAUAAAGCUGUGGCGAGCAAAAAUACCACAGCUUCGAUCGGACAGGCAAUACAGCAGCCACAUACUCGUAUAUCAGGAGAUGGCGGACGCUAUGGAGACACUUAGCCACGAGUAUACUGCCGCAGAUAUAAAGAUGAAACUGUAUGAAUUCACCAACAAAUACAAGCAGGAGCAACAGAAAAUUUGCCCUUCGUCGUGGACACAUUUUAAUGCGGUCCACGAAGUAUUAGAUAGCUUUUGCUUCGACGAGCUUGUAGAAGACAGCAUUGUGGUUGAUAUUGAGAACAUUGAGCCGAUUAAUGAGGAUUGCGAAAACGAAUGUCAAUUAACACUUCCGAGGACUAACGCAUCUGCAUUCGAUAACUCCAAUCACUCUUCAUCCAGUGGCAUUGGAAACAAUGAAAAUAAAACGGCAGUAUCGGUGAUAGAAGAAAUGCGGGAGGAUUUUUUGAAGGCGACUCAGACAUGGAAGGAGGCUAAUGAAAAACAGCAAAUUAUUUUGCAAAAAUAUGUCAAUGACUUUCGCGAGAUGAAGGAUGCUUUCAUCGACUUCCUUCGUCGCCAAAAUUAGUCUUGGACUUGGGCUUUUAUGCUUACAAAUAUAGAUAUAAGUAUGAUAUAGUUUUUAUGUUUGUUGUUUUACCGUAAGCCAUACAUUUAUAAAAACACAAUUAUGGUUUAACAUAAAAGACUGUACAAAUUCACAAAAUAA